CUAAAGCAUGCAGUGGUAUUAAUGUUUGCGCGGGAAUCGUCAUAAACGGAUGCGCGUUCAGCACUGUUUAAUUACAGGUUUUAUGAAGUGGACAUUAUUACCUUUAUCCUUCCAAAAUGAGUUUGGAUACUCUCUUUCAACAGAUUAUUUUAACCGAACAACAAAUAUCUGAGAAAUCAAGGCAAUUGCAGGAGGUCAAAGUUGCCAUCACCAGAUGUGAAGACAUGAUAAAGUCCAGCGCUGAAAAUAAUAAACGUGAUAACAAGAAUCUUGAAGAAAAGGCUCAGCAGCUGACUCACAUCCAGUUCCAGUAUGAGCUCAUGAAGAAAAGUCAGGAUCAGAUGGAGAAACAGAACAACGACCUUUUACAACAGCAGAGCCAUCUCAAAGACCGCUUGGAUGAGAUUAAGAGGCAGUCAAGAGAAGAGAAGGAGAACUUCAUUCGAGAGAUACAGGCUUUCAACAAUGACUUUAACCUCUUGAGUAAUAGGAAGAGCUUGUUGAAGAGCCAAACCCAGUCUGAAAUACAAGAGCUGGAGAAGGAGAUCAGCACUCUAAGCCAAGAGAUGGAGUUCAUGACCCAGAGCAACAGCCGUGUCAAGUCCAUGCAGGAGGAAAAGAAAGGCCUCUAUACAGAGCUCCAGGAGAUCCAGCGAGUUCUUACAGACCUUGAUGGCCAACUCUGCGAGGCAAGAGCAGUGAGCGAGGCGCUGAGAGCAGAGAGUGAGGCAGUCAGCCAGAAGCCUCACUCAGACAGCACCUGCCUGAGACUGAAGAAGGAGCUCGAAGUGUUGAAGGAGGACGAGCUGGAGCUACUCAGAGAGGCACUCAUCUCCGAGAAGCACUUCCUGCAGUCGAAACUGUCUAGGAGGAGCAGCCCUUAUUCCAGAAGUUUUACAUAGCCUGCUGGCUCACAAAGGCUUUCAAG